AUGGGAGGCGCUUUCAGAUCAUCUAUCGGUGCACCAGUCAGUGGCACCAAGGCUACAGGGAAGCUUAUGGCUCUCAAGAGAGAUGAAGUCGAGGUUACACCAAGAGUUGUUACGGGUACGUUCUUAGUCAACAAUAAACCUGCAUGUGUUUUAUUUGAUUCUAGAGCAUCUCAUUCAUUCGUUGCAUCUUCGUGUGUAUCAAAGUUGCUUUUGUCUAGUUUGCUUGAGAUGAAUAGUGAGUUUGCACAACCAUCGGGCGAGAGAAUCUUAUGUAUGGAUUGGCUGAGGAAGUACAAGCCAAGCAUUGAUUGUUGGAUGAAGAGGAAUUACCCUAUGGUUCUAUGUCAUGUAGUAGACACGACGAUGAGCACACCCGAGAUAGGAGAGAUACGUGCAGUAUGUGAGUUCGAGGAUGUCUUUCCUUCUGAGAUACUUGGGUUACCACCUCCGAAAGCAGUUGAUCUGACGAUCGACCUUGUAGUGGGUACGAGUCUUAUAUCGAAAGCCCCAUAUCACAAGGCACCUAGAGAGACAACGGAGUUAAAGGUGCAAUUGCAAGAGUUGUUAGAUAAAGGUUAUAUAUGCCCAAGCGUGUCUCCUUGGGGCGCACCUGUUCUUUUCGUCAAAAAGAAAGAUGGGACCUUUAGGCUAUGUGUAGAUUAUCGAGAGCUCAAUCGUGCGACUUUGAACAUCUCGCCAGAGGACAUUCCUAGACAGCCUUCAGGACACGAUAUGGGCAUUAUGAGUUUACGAUCAUGCCCUUUGUUCGUUGUAGUUUUCAUCGAUGACAUUUUGGUUCAUUCUAAGAAUGAGGAUCAACAUGCUGAACAUUUAAGAAUCGUAUUACAGACUUUGAGAAAGCAUAAGUUGUAUGCCCAAUUCACGAAGUGUGAAUUUCGGUUGCACAAGGUUUCUUUUCUUGAGCAUAUAGUGUCUAGUGAAGGUAUGUCGAUAGAUCCGAUGAAGGUGGAGUGCGAUGAAGCUUUUAGGAUUUUGAAGACACGACUCACUUUUGCACCUGUUCUAGCACUACCAGAUGGAGAGUCCGAGUUUGAGUUGUACACUAAUGCGUCAAAGAAUGGCUUGGGGUGUGUGUUGAUGCAGAAUGGGCGCGUCAUUGCGUGUGCUUCACGGCAACUAAAGACCCAUGAGAUCAACUAUCCGACACAUGACAUGGAGUUAGCUGCGGUAGUCUUCGCUCGCAAGAUAUGGAGACACUAUCUGUAUGGUACUAAUUUUAAGGUCUUGUCUGAUCACAAGAACCUGAAGUACAUAUUCACCCAGAGGGAGUUGAAUAUGAGGCAACGACGAUGGCUAGAGCUGAUUUCAAAUCAUGAUUUAGAGAUCCGAUAUCAUGAGGGGAAAGCUAAUGUCUUUGCUGACGCUUUGAGCCGAAAAACUAUGCAUAGUUUGUGUAAUGUCUUGGCUAGAGUACGUUUAAGAGAGGAAAUCGAGGAAAUAGGUAUCGAGAUAGUAGAGCAUGGGGCAGUGACGUCGAUGAUGAGAUGGUGUGUGCCUAAAUACUCAGACUUAUGUACCCGUAUUCUUAGAGAGGCACAUAGCUCAUGUUUCUCCAUACAUCCGGGCACUGACAAGUUGUAUAAAGACCUCAGGAGAACAUUUUGGUGGCAUGGUAUGAAAAAGGACGUUUCUAACUUCGUUGCCAAAUGUCUGACCUGCCAGAAGGUUAAGAUAGAUCAUCGGCGACCUCAAGGUACUGAGUUGAGAAUGAGCACAGCGUUUCACCCAGCUACAGACGGACAGACAGAGUGGACUAUACAGACGCUUGAGGAUAUGUUACGAGCAUGUGUCUUAGAUUUUGGGGGUUCAUGGGACGAUAAUUUGGAUAUGAUUAAGUUCUCAUACAAUAACAGUUAUCAUUCGAGUAUCGGGAUGGCACCAUUCGAGGCACUUUAUGGUCGUUGUUGUCGUAGUCCUGUCUGUUGGGAUGAUAGUUUGGGUACGAUAGCUGUGGGACCGCCUUUGAUUCAGGAGAUGAUCGAACAAGUCUAG